AUGUUCUCUCGCUCGAUCAUCGCCAUCUCCGCCUACGUCGCUCUCGCUUCCGCGGCGGCUCUCGACGUCUUCGUCCCCAAGAUCACCAGCCCGACGGCGAGCACCGUCUGGAAGUCAGGCGCGCUUGAGACCGUCACCUGGGACACCUCCAAUGCGCCCGCGCAGAUCUCCAACAGCGGCUCCAUUGUCCUGAGCGACGACGGUCUCCCCAUGGCCACCCUUGCCUCCGGCUUCGACCUCCGCUCUGGCUCGCAGGACGUGACCGUUCCCGAGAACCUCGCGGGAACCCACUACACCAUCACUCUCUACGGUGAUAGCGGCAACGUCUCCCCUGUGUUCGAGAUCACCGCGUAA